AUGCAUCCGAGGCAGCCUAGCGGUCCUGGCUCAACCGAUGCCAUGGAAUUCUACGACCGCAUGCAUACACCAAAGCACGAGCUCGACAUGUCUGACGCUUUUGCAGGUACUAUCCCACCCUCUGCUGACCAACACCAGCCGUUAACAAGCGUACCAGAACAUUCGCAGCUCGACAGCCAGCAGCUACAAUCCGUCAGCACGUCGUCUGCUUUCACCAACCCUUCUCUCGACCCCAGCAGCUCGCAAGUUCCAUCUCUGCCUCCUUCCCAGCAAGGAAGUCCGAGCGCGCGGCGAAUCGAGAAGCUAGCUACAAGCUCGUACGGUCUUGUUCAGCCAGGAGGUCGUCCUGAUCCCUCGUCAGCCUCUUCAUCUCGCAGACCUUCCGAUGUCGCCAAACCACUUCCUGGUCUGCCAGGCGGUCCAACCAAUGCAGAGCAGAGCUACCUCCCCGGCAUGAACAACGGUGCAGCCUCUUCUUCCAUGCCUCAUCCUAGCUCGGCUAUGGGUAGCCUCGUCGACCAUCGCGCUCCCAUCGUUGACGCCCUGCCGCCUCAGCACAUUCCUCGUCCCCUCGGCGGAUCCACCCCAUCCAGCGCCCAUGCUUCAUCGCCCCUGCGCACACCACCAAGGCAGUCAGCUGUUGAUGCUGCUUCAGCAGCAGGGGUUGAGCCAUUGAGGAUGCCCACCUCCAUCUCUGUCGGACCAUUUUCUCCGCCAGAAGCCGACCCGCAUCGCACCAUAAUGGACAGCAAUCGUGACAGUAUCGACGAUAUCCGCCGCAAUCAUGCCGCUAGAGCUGCCAGACGCCAAUCGCACAACCCAUCCGCGAGCGAUGCUCGUGCAGGCAAUGGACUCAUCCCGGAUGCCACCUUCACUCCGAUCCGCGGCCACGCACAUUACCAGAGCGAGUCACCAGCAGCAGUACUUGCAUCGGCUGAUCCGGCACAACGGCAUCGCAAAGGUAUGGCGUCCGAACCACCUCGUCCCGCCAGUGUGCUAGAGACGCGUGCCGCCCGAAUGGAGGCUGCACAGCGUCAUCAACAGGGUCAAUCGCGUGUGGACGAAGGCAGCAGCGAUACAUUCGACGCCACGGACACUUUUGCAUCGUCGCGUGACACCAACGUCGAUCGUGCUUCUCAGCAACACUUGCAGCUUCGUGCUGCUCGUGAACAGGAGCAACGCCAGUUCGAGCAACAACAACAAGCGGCCCAGCAGCAACAGCAACAGCAAUUACAGCAACAGCAAUUACAGCAACAGCAACAGCAACAGCUCAAGGAGCAACAACAGCGAGAGCGAGAGAGGCUCAAAGAAAAGGGACGAGAGAAGGAACGCGAACGUGAGAAGGAGAAAGAACGUGGUGACCGUGAUCGUGACCGUGAGCGUCGUAGUCGACGUCUUUUGGGCGAGUAUGCUCUCGGUAAGACUCUCGGUGCUGGUAGCAUGGGCAAAGUCAAGCUCGGUGUCAGGAUGGGCAAUGGUGAGAAGGUGGCGAUCAAGAUCAUCCCACGCCACACCUCGAUGGCAGCUGCCCAGUCUCCACGAGGUGCCGUCGAUGAGAACGGCAAGCCGCAGCCACCACCACCGCCUCCGACAGCUUCGUUCUUGGCCAAAGCCGCCGCCAAAGAUCAGUCCAAAGAGACUCGUACUAUUCGAGAAGGCUCACUUCAGAUCCUCCUUCAUCAUCCAUACGUCUGCGGUAUGCGGGAGAUGUUCAUCCACACCAACCACUACUACAUGGUCUUCGAGUACGUCAAUGGUGGACAGAUGCUCGACUAUAUUAUCAGUCACGGUCGUCUGAGGGAACGAAGCGCACGCAAGUUCGCCCGUCAGAUCGGCAGUGCUCUCGAAUACUGUCACCGCAACAGCAUCGUUCAUCGUGAUCUCAAGAUCGAGAACAUCCUCAUCUCCAAGACGGGCAACAUCAAGAUCAUCGACUUUGGUCUUAGCAACCUCUUCUCUCCUCAUUCGCACCUCUCGACCUUCUGUGGCUCGCUCUACUUUGCUGCGCCAGAGUUGCUCAACGCAAAGGUCUACACGGGCCCCGAGGUCGAUGUCUGGUCGUUCGGUAUCGUGUUGUACGUGCUAGUGUGCGGUAAGGUGCCCUUUGACGACCAGAGCAUGCCUGCGCUCCAUGCCAAGAUCAAACGAGGUCAGGUCGAGUAUCCUGCCUGGCUGAGUGGAGAGUGCAGGCACAUUCUGUCGCGUAUGUUGGUCACUAACCCUGCCAACCGAGCUACGCUUUCGGAGGUUUUGGCCCACCCUUGGAUGGUCAAAGGCUACGAUGGUCCUCCUGACGCGCAUCUUCCCGAUCGCACACCGCUUCGACCUAACAACUUGGAUCCGGAGGUGAUCAAGGGCAUGACUGGAUUCGAAUUCGGAACACCCGAGUCGAUCACGAAUAAGCUGAUGGAGGUGCUCUUGAGUGACGGAUACCAGCAAUCGCUUCAGCAUUGGGAGCUCAAGAACCUGCCGGCUAGCCUCAACGGUCUCAGCACCACUGGCAGUAUUGGUUCCUCGCCUGACUCGGCCACUCUCAAUAGGCUGUCGACACGCGGAAGCUUCACUGCGACUGGUGGAUCCGACACGGUCAAGUCUAAGACAGGCUCUCGACGAUUCUCUGGUAUCGAGUUCUAUCGCAAGAAGCUCACGACGAAUCCUUUGGCAGCGGCUUUUGGCAGCAAGGACGACUCGUCGGUGGGUUCAGCGAAUGGUAGCUCGAAUGGCCUUGGCUCAGGUACUGGCUUGAAGCCGUUUGGUAAAGAGCCUUUGGAUCCCACUCGCGGCUUCCACCCGUUGAUUUCAAUCUACUUCCUCGUGAAGGAGAAGAUGGAGCGUGAACGACUCUAUGGUCACCCGUUCUUCGCAUCGUCCAACCUCUCGCUCACUGGUCCACCUGUUCCACCCUCGGGCGUCGCUGGUGUGGGCGCAGGCACAGGUGCUCGAGCCGCAUCUGUUGGGGCUAUGCCUACAGCUGCCGACAUCCCACAAGAGGCAGUCCGCGUGCCCGAACCACCGCACGUCUCGCACCGAGCUUACGAUCCUUCUCGUCAAGAAGCAGCGCUGGCUGCACCUGCACCGCCUCGUUCAGUAGCGGCUAUGAUGUCGGCGCCUGUUUCUCCCACGCCCGUCUUUGACUCGCGGGAAAAAUCGAGGCCGAUGGGUAUCAUGGCUGGUCCACCUCGUGCUCGUGCCAAUGCAGAGGAGAUGGAAGCUGCGUUGCGCGAAAAGGGUUUGCCCUCGCCGAACGAAGCUGUCUUUGCUCCUAGCAUUAGUGGUAUGACGUCUGUGCCGGCGCCGAGUGCUGCAGGAAAGCGACAGUCAUUCUCGGUGGCACCACCUACUGCGGAGGUCGUUAUGCCUCAGAAUCACCGUAACUCGAUGAUGAGCCCGGAUACGAGCAUGGCUGUGGCCAACAACCACAAGCGUAGUAUCAGUUUGACUGCUCGUCGUCCUUCGAAUGCUGCAACUUCUGGCCGCACUUCGGGGAUGGGCGCAGAUGGUAGUGUUAUCACGGCACCCGAAGCAGCUUCUGUGGAUGCAAGGAGGAUGUCGACCAUGUCGCCUGCACGUGCCGAUAAGAGGAUGUCGACCAUCAACACGCCGACCAAGUCCGAGGCUGGUACCGCAGCGUCUUCUCCAGCGCCUGCAGCAGCAACAGCCAACACCAGCUUCACGUUGGGAUAUGGUGCUUCACUUGCUCGUCGCUUCAGCUCGUUCAUGAGCCGAUCUCCUUCGCAACCGUUGGAUGCGGAGGCGAGGGAGCGAAAGAAGCAGAGCAGGAUGAGCACGGGUGGCAUGCUUUUGGGCAACAACCAGCAGCCUCGACGACGUGGCAGCGCUCACAUGGCAUUGAGCGGUGUGGAUGAAGCUGAUCAGGGCGGGGACGCCGAUGUGUACGAUUACGAUGAGGCGGAAGAGCACCUUACCACCCACGAUCAUGAUGUUCCUCUCAGCAACGGCACUACUGUUCGUCGAUCUGGAACCCUGGGAGAUAUGCCCACUUCGCGUACACACUCGAGGAGAGUGCGAGAGACGAGCAUGGGAGCUGCUUCCGUCGGUCGUGCAGCCGGUCUAUCGAUGUCGCCCAAGUCAACGGGUACUGCGGCACGUCCCAGCACGGGAAUAUCAAUGUCGACCAGUGCACCGCUCAACAUGUUCAACGCGCCCGGCAGUGGGGAAGGCGAUGCAGCCAACCGACAGGGAGGAGGACAGGUCUCGCCUUCGCAGCAAGUGAGUCGCAGCAACUCUGGCACAGGUUGGAUGGGACCUUCGACACCAGGCCAAGCAGAGGUGCUUCCCGUGUUGACUUCGACUUCGCGUCGUCGCUUCGGUGGAGGAGCAACCUCACCAAGCGGGUCUGGAUCGCAGCAGAAUGGUGCAUCAGCCAACGAAAGCAAGCCUAUUUUCCUCAAAGGAUUGUUCAGUGUUCAGACUACCUCUACCAAGCCUCGUACUGUCAUCCACGCAUCGUUGGUGAAAGUGCUGGACCGUAUCGGUGUGCAGUACCGCGAGAUUCGGGGUGGAUAUGAAUGCGUGCAUCUUCCAAGCCUGGACUUUUCGGGAUCGGACUCGUUGGGUAAAGGCAAUGCUAGACUUCCUUUGGAGAUGAUGGCUGCUGCUGCGGCUGCCGAGGCUGAAGCGGCGGCGGCGGAGAGAUCGCCAACCUCGGAAGAGAACAGUCGUCAGCCGAAACGCAAACCUAGUCGAUUAUCGUUCGUAUCGGGUAGGAGUAAGGAUAAGGAUCGUACAACUCGAAGAGAUGGAUCGGUGGCUGAUAGUAUCAAUAACAUGACCGGGACGGUGCGCAGUCGAACACCUUCUUUGACUAGCAGUGCUGCUUUCCAGAACGUCGAGAAUGCAGGCAAGGGCGUGGAAGGAUCGGCUUCGCCCCCACUGCCACCGAAGACACCUUCUAAGCCUUCGCUGACUGUGUCACCGAGACAGAGAGCGGAUUCGAUGGGAGCCAACUCCAUGCUCGGACGCUCUGGCUCGCGCGAUUCCAACCUCAUGCUCGACACAGCCGUCACCAACAAUGCUGCUGGCACUGGGGUAGGGGAGCAAAUCAUCACAUCACCAACCGGAGCGGUGGAAGCGAAGACGAUGAAUGCUGCUCAGGCGACCGAGUUGGCGGUGAGAUUCGAGAUCUUUGUCGUCAAAGUGCCACUGUUGUUGGGUGUCAAUGGUUUGCAGUUCAGAAGGGUUGGUGGAAAUCCUUGGCAGUAUCAGAUGUUGGCUAAGCGGAUUUUGCAGGAGUUGAAGCUCUAG